GAAUCAUCGUUGGCAAUGCCGCUUCCUGGGGUGCGCCAUUCAGUACGAUCCUCAUGGCCCCAGCAAUCGUCUCGAUCUUGCUCCUCUGAUUCGAUCGCGGCUAGAGACGCUGAUCCUGAAUGAAUCCGGCCUCUGAACUUCUGCUCAUUCGUGCUCAAUCAGGAUUCAGGUGUAGCCGAUUGCCUCCCGUUUCGCAACCAGAGCCCGAGCGGGUAAUAGCUAGACGCCGUCGAGUCCGAGUCAAAAGGAAGGCCCGGCGUCUCUAUGUUUCUGCUUAUAAUGUAAGGCGCCUCGGUUAAAAUUCUAUAGACCACUCGACUCUCUGCCUCUCCAACUUGUAUCGACCAUGCAGGGAUUAUUACACUUCAUGUCCAGUGCGAGCAAACCCCGCUCCCCGACUCCCACCACUCUCAUCGUGCGCAAUGGACUGGACGGGCUGGAACCCACGCACAUUGCCGCAGUGCGCCUCCUCUGGAAUGAGCUGCACCGCAGCACAUGCGAGGCGGCGGACUGCGAGCUGCUGGCAUUCGCGGGCAGUGCGUGCUACUUCGGCGUCGUUCUGCUGGCCACGGAUGAUCAAAGCGACGUUCGAGAGCAGUCUAAAUCGACUACGGACAGAGUCCGCUAUAAGUUUGCCGAGUUGCGACAGGGAAAGAAGAAGACGAGAAGGGCUGCGAAGAAACGGACCCAGGGCGAUGGCCGUGUGCUGGAGACAAAUAUUCAAACGCGGGGGUCUGAUUCAGAGAGGGUGGUGUGGCCCGGCCCACUUCCAAUUGCCUCGCCUCUAAAUAGACUGUCGAUGCAAUCCUCAACUCAGGAGCGCGCCAUUUCAGUCUUCCUAGAGAACUCCUCCGCGCCGAUAACCGCCCAGUCCUACAAGGCCAUCGGAAUUGUGUAUCUGUCACCCGCUGGCCCAGAUGGUGGACUGAACCUCGGCAUCGUCCUCGAAGCGUCGCACAGGUGGAAGGACUUCGGACGCCGCGUGUUGCAAGCCGUAUUGGCCCAUGCGUUCCAGGACCUCCAGAGCCACCGCGUUCAGGCCACGCCACUGAAUGCUAAGCCGAAAGGGACCAUCUCCCUACUGCUCCAGAAAAUGGGGUUCCGACACGAUAGCAUAAUGCGACGCGCGUUCUUCCACCCGCUGGCUGUCCAGUGGCAGGACGUCAGCACGUUGGCGAUGGUCGCGACGGACGGGCCGAGCGAGACGCAAGAAUGCCCGGUGCACUCUGAGCCGCUUCCUGAGCAACAGCGGGGCGACACUGACGACGUUAACAAGUCAAGCACCGUCAGCGACACUGCCCUGGCCGAGAUGAACGACAUUCCAGGCGAUAUCGGCAGCAUCCAAUGCGCGGAACCCGAAGAGCUAGAUCAAUGUGCAAAGUCUGCAGAACGGGUGGGUCUCGAGCUAUAUCAGCUCUCAUCAUCUUCUUCUGCUGGAUCAAAAUCGCCUUCACCGUCCUGUGUGUCCACACGCUCAAAUUCUGCUCUCUCCUGGACAGAUGCGGAGGAAUCGGAUUGGGAGAUGAUGUGGGAUUCAGCACCGUCGGAUUCUGAAUAAUCUAGUGUAAUUCUUCCGCUUCGCAGUACUACUCUGCUGUAACUGUACAUACGAUACAAUGCUACAUCCAAG